AUGCCAAAGUAUAAUAUAUUUCCCAAGUUGUCAUUUUUUUCAUAUAUUGAUAAGAUUCAUAUUCGUUACAUGCCUGGUUCUGCACAUGAUGACACAUGUCGUAAACUAAUGUUGAAUUUGCUUGAUCCUUCUACUUCUAAACGUUUUCCAAAUCUUAAGUAUACUUACGAAUUGUUAAAGUAUUUUAAUCAUUUUCAACUUAUUAUUCAGUUACAACGUGAGGCCGUUCUUUAUUAUUUUUUACAACACAUUAGGUUUUAUGCGGAUUCUCAUAACUUAGAAGACAUUCAUAAGGAAAUUGAUGUAUAUCAAUAUAAUGGUAACUUCACAUUUAUCUCACUUCUCUUUAGAACAUAUAAAAUAUACUAG